AUGUACAUUCAUCUGUGGGUAGCAGGUCCUCAAUUUCUCGUCUCCCGACCGGUGGACAUCAUUCUCGGAGCAGACACAUACGGGCAAGUCAUUAAGUCAAAUAUUAUUCGGAACACGUCAUCACCGUUGAUCGCUCAACUUUCGAUCUUUGGUUGGCUCAUAAUCGAGCCCCUCGAGGGCACUCAGACGAUUCGCAGGACUUCUCAUCAAGUGACAGUCAAUAAUACUGAUCGCCAAUUGAAUGAGUUACUCAGUUACUUCUGGACACAGGAAGAGCCAUCGCAGGACACGGCACCCUUGCUCACGCCAGACGAGCAGGAGUGCGAAGAUCAUUUCAAGACCACGCAUUCAAGAGACUCCGCAGGAAGAUACAUCGUGCGAUUGCCGCUCAAACUUCAUCCAAGAGCACUCGGCAAUUCGUAUCAGACGGCGCAUAACUGUCUUCAGCGGAUUCUCAGACGACUCAGCAAGGACGCUCAGUACAAACAGCUGUACACCAAGUUCAUGCUCGAAUAUGAGCAGCUUGGUUACAUGGUAAGACUGAACAAUGACUCAAUAAUCAGUCCGUUUCAGUACUUUCUUCCGCAUCAUAGCGUUCUGAAGUUGGGCAGCACGACCACCGCAUUGCGUGUGGUGUUCAACGGCUCCAGUACAACUUCAUCAGGAUACUCGCUGAACGAUCUUCUACAUACUGGUAAAAAUCUGAUGCUGAAUAUCGCGGAUCUGCUCAUUUGGAUACGCAGAUACAAACAUCUGUUUGCAACUGACGUCACGAAGAUGUACCGACAAAUCAAGGUGCAUCCAGACGACUGGAGCUUGCAGCAGAUACUCUGGGUUGAUGAGGUACUCUGGCAGAAGGAAACGCAGUACCAGCUGACCACGGUCACGUACGGGAUGAAAGCUGCACCGUACUUGGCUGUCUGA